CCGCCCGGGUCCCGCGGGCCGCUCGGUCCCAGACCCGGCCGGGCCGCGGGGCGGGCAUCGCCCGGGGAGCUGUCGACGACUAGGGGCCGUCCGCGUGGGCAGCGGGCGCCGGGACACCUGCGGGCACAGGUUCAGGGGGAAGGGAUGCAGUCCCACUCACGGCUCCCAGCCCCGCAGAGGAGUUCCCAGAGGCUGGGGAAGACCAAACGGAGCCUGCUCCCACCUGGCUGUCUCUAAAGCCAGCAGCCUGACAGCUGUCUGUGCCCUGGAAACCAGCCUCAGGGGGCCCCAUUCUGCGGGACACUGGAGCUAUGACCCUUUGGAGGUGACCCAGAAGAAAAGGGAUGCAGGGCUUCGAUCCUCCCACUCAGCGUCCCUUCCAAGGACUAGUGGCCUCCCGCAUUGAGACUUAUGGGGGUGGCUAUCGGGCCUCCGCCCAGGGUACUGCCGGCAAUCUCUUUGCCCGAGGAGGCCCCGUGCUGGAUCCCAGUCGCCGACGCCUCCAGGGCUAUGCCCCCUUUGCCAAGGGUUGUGGCCCUGCCAGAGGCCUGUCUCCUCUGCGGUGGCGGGAACUGGAGCCUGAGAAAAGGCAUGGAGGCCAUUUUGGGGCCGGCCCACCUUACUCCCCUAAACUCAAGGAAGUCACGAAGGCCCACGAGCUGGAGGUGAGGCUGCACACGUUCAGCAUGUUUGGGAUGCCCCGCCUGCCCCCCGAGGACCGGCGGCACUGGGAGAUAGGAGAGGCCAGUGACAGUGGCGAGGCCAUUGAGAAGUCCUGGAAGGAGCUGGUGCCUGGGCACAAGGACAUGAGCCGGGAGCUUUGCCACCAGCAGGAAGCGCUGUGGGAGCUACUGACCACGGAGCUCAUCUACGUGCGGAAGCUUAAGAUCAUGACGGAUCUCCUAGCCUCGGGUUUGCUGAACUUGCAGCGAGUGGGGCUGCUGACCGAGGUGUCAGCUGAGACCUUGUUUGGAAAUGUCCCCAGUCUGAUUCGAGCCCACCGGAGCUUUUGGGAAGAGGUGCUGGGGCCUUCCCUGGAGGAAAUGCGAGCCUCCGGCCAGCCUCUGGACCCCGUCAGCCUGCAAAACGGCUUCCUGAUGUUCAGCCAGCGCUUCCAGCCCUACGUCCUGUACUGCCUGCGGGUGAAGCAGACCAUGGCUUACGCCCGGGAGCAGCAAGACAACAACCCUCUCUUCCACACCUUUGUGCAGUGGUGUGAGAAGCACAAGCGCUCGGGGAGGCAGAUGCUGGGGGACCUGCUCAUCAAGCCCCACCAGCGCAUCACCAAGUACCCACUGCUGCUCCAGGCUGUGCUCAAGAGGAGCCCCGAGGCCCGCGCCCAGGAGGCCCUGAACGCCAUGAUUGCAGCGGUGGAGUCCUUCCUCCGACACAUCAACAAGCAGGUGCGCCAGGGCGAGGAGCAGGAGAGCUUGGUGGCUGCAGCUGAGCGCAUCGGGCCCUACGAGGUGCUGGAGCCGUCCAGCGAGGAGGUGGAGAAGAACCUGCUUCCGUUCUCCACCCUGGACCUGACAUCCCCUGUGCUGGGGGUUGCUCCCGAGCACACCAGGCAGCUGCUGCUGGAGGGACCUGUGCGUGUGAAGGAGGGACGAGAAGGGAAGCUGGACGUGUACUUGUUCCUCUUCUCUGAUGUGCUCUUGGUGACCAAGCGCCAGCGCAGGGCAGACAAAGCCAAGGUGAUCCGCCCGCCCCUCAUGCUGGAGAAGCUCGUGUGCCAACCGCUCCGAGACCCUAGCAGCUUCCUGCUGAUCCACCUCACGGAAUUCCAGUGCGUCUCCAGCGCCCUCACCGUGCACUGUCCCAGCCCUGCAGACCGGGCCCGGUGGCUGGAGAAGACCCAGCAGGCGCAGGGAACGCGCCCUGCAGCCUGGCCAGAGGAAUCAGUGCGCAGACAGCAGAAGCGUGUGUACAGAAGGGCACUGGGACGGAGAAGGGAGUGAUGCUCUGUGUCUGGUGGGCUGGGUGGGAAAGGGCCCUGGCAGAGCAGGUGGGGCCUAUGCUGAGAAGACUUCACAGAGGAGCUCCUGUCUGAGCACCACUGGAGGGGGUACCUAGGAGGACGUCAGGGGAUGAGGUGGGCAAGAUAGGUGUCCCAGGUGGAGAGCAGAAUGUGUGAAGGCGGGAAGUCGGAAGCAGCUGUGUGUGUUGAGGGAACCGCCAGCCUAGUAGUUGGCGUCACCAAGACUUUCUGCACGAGGGCAGCGCAGCCUUGGAGAAGCUGGGAGGGAGGUACCCCCAGAUCAGGCCCAUCUCUGGAUGCCUUGCCUGGGAACUUGAACUCUGUCCUGUAAAUGACGCAGAGCCAGUGAAGAUGUUAAACAAGGGAGUGAUGUGGGUAGAUUUCUACGAUAAAAGCUGGAGGAGUUCAGAAGAAGGGAGACCCAAAUGGGGCUGUAUUGGUUACUGCUAACUUGGUGUCUUAAAGCGACAAAAACGUAUUCUCUCAUUGUUCUGGGGACCAGAAGUUGGAAAUCAAGGUGUCUGCAGAGCCACGCUUCCCCUCCAAGGACUCAGGGAGAGUCCUUCUGCCUUUUCCAACGCCUAGAGGCUCCAGGUGUUCCUUGGCUUGUGACCACAUCACGCCACUCCCUGCCUCUGUCUUUACAUGAUCUUCCGCUGCCUGCCUCUGUGUCCCAGUCUCCCUCUUCUGUCUUUUAGAAAGCCACUAGUCAUUAACCCUAAAUCCAGGGUCUCAUCUUACAUCCUAAGCUCCAACACUCAGGCUGUGUGCUCAUCUGCAAAGGCCCUUCUUCCAAACAGGUCCCUCCCAUUCACAGGUUCUGCAGGUCAGGACUUAGAGCUAUCUUUCUGGGGCCACUAUUUAACCCGCUAGAGGAGCAGAAUAGCCAAGGAAGAGGGGAGAUUUGAGCUGGACUUGUAAGGAUGGGGAGGACCCUGAACAGAAGAAUCAAGGGAGCAGCUGGGCUGGAUUUAUCUGGGGGACAGUGACUGAGUCUGGAGGGACCAUAGCCAGGGAGCAGAGGCCGAGUUCUGUGGGACCCUGGGGCCUGCAGGAGAGUGUGCGCUGGAUGAGACCGAAUUGAACUGGGCUGUCAAGUUGACAAGAGAGCCACCGAGCAGAGGAAGGCCAUGUGACAUCUGUGUGUUUUGUCUUGCACUGUCAGGUGGCCAUGUGACAAGUGGGCUGGGGGAGGGCGGGAUUGUUAGCAGGAGAUUUACCCUACUAGUCUGGGUGUGAAACACUGAGGUUCGGUGCCCUGGCCUUAGGGACAUGGUGCAAAAAAAGAAGGAAAAAAAGGAGCAGAAAGGAGCUGAAGGAAAAAGAAGAGACGGGUGAGCCCUAGAGAGACUGUUAGAAACGUGUACGGGGUGGGGGUUCGGCUCAGCUGGUAGAGCGCGUGCUGAGCAUGUGUGAGGUACUUGGUCUGGUCCCCAGUACCUCCACUUAAAAAAGAGGGAGAAAAAGAAGCCUGUGCAGAAGGUUCAGACACCAGCUCUCCCUCUUAGUAGCUGGGUGACCUUGGGUGAAUGAUGUGGCCUCUCUGAUCUUCCAUUUCUUCACCUGCAAAAUGGAUACAAAUGAUAACAGUGUUUGCUUCAUAGGGAGGAAGAAACCAUUCAGAUUAAGCAGCUAGCAUGGUGCCCGCUCUAGGCAACUCAGGCCCGCAAGGACAAAGGAUGGCUUGCGCCCGACGUUGCUGUGUGAAAGACUGCUUUGGUAAAGAUAGAAAUGAUUAGAAAGGGAAAGCUGUUUGCUUAGUUGUGGCUUCCUAGGUGGGGCGGGGCUCGGGCAGUAGGGUUCGUUUUAAACAGAGGCGCUUUGGAAAUGAGGGCGUGGGAGACACCAAGUGGACAUCUCUCAGGGGCUUUUGGAAACACGGAGACACAGACUGGGGUUCAGGUGAGAAAUAAGGGUGAACUAUGAAAGGUGCUAAGAGAAUAGAUCCUAAAAGUUCUUUUCCUGAGAAAAAAAGAUGUUUGUAACAACGUAUGGUGACCAAGGUUAACCAGACUUACUGUGGACCGUUUCAUCAUAUA